CGGCCCGGCCCCAGCCGGGGCGGCCGUCGAGGGAGGGCGCCAUGGACACCUCGGAGACCCGGGGGGCAGAGCCUGCUCGUCCCCUCAAAGAGAUUCCAGAAGAUGCAUUGCCUCAGGGUCUCCUGGAAGCCAGGUCCGAGGAGCCCGUGACUUUCAAGGACGUGGCCGUUGACUUCUCCCAGGAGGAGUGGGGCCAGCUGGGCUCCCCCCAGCGGGCCCUGUACCGGGACGUGAUGCUGGAAAACUACCAGAACCUUCUCUCCCUGGGGCCUCCGGUCUGCAAGCCAGACGUCAUCUCCCACCUGGAGCGAGGCGAGGAGCCAUGGCGGGCUCCCAGAGACGGGCCUGCGCGGCCCGGUCCAGAACCAGGACGGGAGCCCGGGCCUGAGGCGGAGGAGACGCUUAUUUACAAGGAAGAGCCGCCCUGGGAGCCGAUCGCAGAAGGGCUGGCGAGGACUGGUGUGCACAACCCUGGGUUCGGCAACGGGUGUACCUGGGGGGGCCCGGCGACUGCUCUGACCCGAGGCGAAGCCUCCUACGCUAGUGGUGGGUCUGCCGAGGAGCGCCAGCGGGGCAACUGUGAGUCCAAGGAGGCACUUGGCUUGCAGAGCGCCCUGCCGGCCCAGCCCCGCCUUCCCUCAGCAGGCGCCUCCCCGGAAGGCCAGCCGGGCAGAGUGCGGUCCACCGGGGCCGGGAGCCGGCGCCGGAGCCAGGGUGCGGGGAGCGGCCCGUUCGCCUGCGGCGAGUGUGGCAAGGCCUUCCAACGGAGCGCAGCGUUGGCGCUGCACCGGCGCUGGCAUGCGCGCGAGAAGGCCUACAAGUGCGGCGAGUGCGGCAAGGCCUUCAGCUGGAGCACAAACCUCCUGGAGCACCGGCGCGUGCACACCGGCGAGAAGCCCUUCCUGUGCAGCCAGUGCGGCAAGGCCUUCAGCUGCCGCUCGUCCCUCAACGUGCACCGGCGCGUGCACACGGGCGAGCGGCCCUACAAGUGCGGCCAGUGCGGCAAGGCCUUCAGCUGCAGCUCGCUGCUGGGCAUGCACCUGCGCGUGCACACGGGCGAGCGGCCCUACCGCUGUGGCGAGUGCGGCAAGGCCUUCAACCAGCGGACGCACCUCACGCGCCACCACCGCGUGCACACGGGCGAGAAGCCCUUCCGCUGCGCCGCGUGCGGUCGGGCCUUCGCCUGCCACUCGUCGCUGACGGCGCACGAGAAGCUGCAUAGCGGCGACAAGCCCUUCCGCUGCGGCGACUGCCCGAAGGCCUUCAGCAGCCGCUCGCGCCUGACGCUGCACCGGCGCGCGCACACGGGCGAGAAGCCCUUCCGCUGCGGCCAGUGCGCCAAGGCCUUCAGCUGCCACUCGUACCUGGCGGUGCACCAGCGCGUGCACAGCGGCGAGCGGCCCUUCCGCUGCGACGAGUGCGGCAAGGCCUUCAGCUCCCACUCGUACCUGGUCGUGCACCGGCGCGUGCACACGGGCGAGAAGCCCUUCGACUGCAGCCGCUGCUGGAAGGCCUUUAGCUGCCACUCGUCGCUCAUCGUGCACCAGCGCGUGCACACGGGCGAGAGGCCCUACCGGUGCGGCCGGUGCGGCCGGGCCUUCAGCCAGAACCACUGUCUCAUCAAACAUCAGAAGACCCACUCGGCCGAGAAGGCCUUCAAGUGCCACGAGUGCGGCGAGGUGUUCGGCUGGAGCGGGCCCCUGGCAGAGCACCGCAGGCUCCACGGCGGCGAGAAGCCCUUCGCCGUCCAGUUGGACCAGCGCUUGCUGAGCCCCUAUUAUGUGCCUGGCGGCCUGCUGGGCGCGGGAGCCUCGGGCGGGGGCGGCGUGGGCCCGGUCGAUGCCCUGGACGUGGCCGAGCUCCUGGGUGUGGCCCCGCCCUCGAGCAGCAGGAGUUUCCCCCUGGGGAGCAACCCCGGAAAUUAACGUGUGUGUGACCCACCCACCUGAAGCACGCCUAGAGGUCGUGGGCUGCUGAAGAGGGAGCUGGUGGGAGAGCGCCGAGGGCAUCCUCUCCUCCCGCUGAUGUUCAGAAGGCGGGGAAGGGCGCUCUUCUUGGGUGAGGGGGGACCCUGUCCUCAAGUCCUUGGACAGCUGCCGCCUUGAUUUCCAUCCCGAGUUUCUUCUGUAAACUCUUUUAACAUAAUUAAAGGGGAGAGAAAACAGAAUUACAGACAGUAUUACUUCUAAGUGAACACUCUGUUGCGGGAGGGAGAGUAGGCUCAGAUGGUGGGCCUUUGGGAAGAAGCAAGUUCCCUGGACUCGCCACACAACGCGUUAGUGGCCGUGCAGCCCAGCGUCCCGUCUGGCCACCCCGUCCAUGGCGGAAGCAGGCUUUCUACCCCAGCGGGUGAGGCCACCUGCGGGGCUGCCCCGGACCCCACAGCACUCAGCCCCUGAGAGGAGGCGCACCUGGUGGCCCCGGAGACGGGGAGAGGUGGCGUCCCUCUGGGACUCGGCCAUCCCGCUCAGUUUAAAGCAGAGACCAGCUGCCGGCUCACGUCCGUACAGAGUGCUGGAGUCUGUCUCACACUUUCAUUAAAGUAUGGAUGGAGGCUGAAUGACCACGUUUCAGACAGCAGGAAUUAAGGGAAGUGACACCCAUGAUUCUCCAUAAAGCCGCAUUUUGCACCUUGGUGCGCUGCCUUCUGCUUUCUGACGGUGUGUCUUCACGCUCCUGCAAACGCGGCGUGCGCAGCCUGCCAUCUUGGCCCCCAGCGUCCUCACCGCGUGGCCGGCCUCUCCAGCAGAGCCUGCUGUCUUGGAGCUGAGGUUCUGGGUAGGGCGGGCUGUCCUGUUAGCUGUUCUUCCGUUGGACGCGAAAGUUACUUUCAAGCUGUCACUGUUAUAAACCAUCUUUCAUACGCCGUCUUUCUGCGUUCUUCAGCACGCUCCUACCGUAGAUUGCUGGAAGUGACAGUCUGCGAUAAAGGAGAGGAACCACGUGCUGCGUCAUUCCAGUGUGGUUUUGGUUGUGAGAACAAAGUGAUGCCGAGAGCCGGCGGCACUGGUCGGGCGCCACCCGCUCUGGAGGCUCCGGCUGGUCCUGCCAGGCUGGCUUCUGGGCCCGCGGCACCGACCCACUGCUCCUCCGGCGUCCCUGAGGCUGGCUGCAAGCCCUUCCCUGCGGCAAACGGAAGCUCUGACAACUUCAUUGGCAAAAAACAAGUAGAAUCUAGCUUUGACUGUUACCAUACUUCUUAGUUUAAAAGAAACUCAUACAAAUUAGCAUGUACGCACACUGCUACUGCCUGCCCAGUGGGGCUGCUGGCGUGCUCAGCCGAGGGCAGCACCUUACCGCUUCGAGCGACACCUUUUCAUAAUGUUCAGUUGCUCAGUUGUGUCUGACUCUUUGUGACCCCAUGGACUGCAGCACACCAGGCUUCCCUGUCCUGUACCAACUUCUGGAGCUUGCUCAAACUCAGGUCCUUCGAGUCAGUGAUGCCAUCCAACCGUCUCAUCCGCUGUCAUCCCCUGCUCCUCCCACCUUCAAUCUUUCCCAUCAUCGAGGUCUUUUCCAAUGAGUGAGUCCUUCCCAUCAGAUGGCCAAAGUAUUGGAGCUUCAGCUUCAGUCCUUCCAGUGAAUAUUUAGUACUGAUUUAAGAUUGACUGGUGAUCUCCUUGCAGUCCAAGGGACUCGAGUCUUCUCCAACACCACAGCUUGAAAGCAUCAAUUCUUCGGCGCUCAGCCUUCUUUAAGGUCCAGCUCUCACAUCCAUACAUGACCACUGGAAAAACCGUAACUUUGACUAUAUGGACCUUUGCCGGCAAAGUAACAUCUCUAUUUUUCAAUAAACUGUUGAUGUUUGUCAGCUUUUCUUUCAAGAAGCAAGCGUCUUAAUUCCAUAGCUGCACUCACCAUCUGCAGUGAUUUUAGAGCCCAAGAGAAUAAAGUCAGCCACUGUUUCCACUGUUUCCCCAUCUAUUUCCCAUGAAGUGAUGGGACCGGAUGCCAUGAUCUUCGUUUUCUGAAUGUUGAGCUUUAGGCCAACUUUUUCACUCUCCUCUUUCACUUUCAUCAAGAGGCUCUUUAGCUCCUCUUCACUUUCUGCCAUAAGGGUGGUGUCAUCUGCAUAUCUGAGGUUAUUGAUAUUUCUCCCGGCGAUCUUGAUUCCAGCUUGUGUUCAUUGAGCCUGGCAUUUCGCAUGAUGUACUCUGCAUAGAAGUUAAAUAAGCAGGGUGAUGGUACACAGCCUUGACGUACUCCUUUCCCAGUUUGGAAAGUUUAACUGUUGCUUCUUGAUGUUUCUCAGGAGGCAGGUAAGGUGGUCUGGUAUUCCCAUCUCUUUAAAAAGUUUGAUAUGGAACAUGUUAUUACUGUUCUUCAAGAAAACUGUUGGAAAUACCCUUUGGCCCCGCCUUCCGUUGAUGUCUCAAUGCUCUUUUAUUUACAUACAAACUUUGUGUUCUCAUCAUACACAUAACACGUGUAUAUUGGAGAAAUUGGGGGAUGGCAAUCAGGUGUACGAGAAUUAAAACAACCCUCAGCUGACAGCCGUGGCCUGGAGAUGCAUUUACUCUCGUUUUUUCUCUGCAUGUAUACACUUUAUUUUUAAGUGUAAAGGGCUUUAUUAUAGGCAAAAUUAUUUAAGUCAAUAA